AUGGCCUUCCCUUUCCGCUGCCACCCAUGCCUCCAGUCAGGCAUCAUCAAGGACUUCCGCACCAUGAGCCACUUGAAGUCGCACCUAGGCUCUCUAAGCAACCAUAACAUGGGACCCUUGGCCUGCACCCACCCAGGAUGCCAGCGCCGCUCCGCAAGACCCGACUCCAACAACAAGAACCAUACCACGGGCGGCGGUACUCACAAUGCCCAGUGGGUCGUGGACCCGGUCCUUGCUAGGGACCUGGCAACAGAGGUCGAGCGCUGCCGGGUUCGUGCUCAACCUGCCGUGCCCCCCGUCGCCCCUCCUGUUGCUGCCCUUCCUGUGGCCCCUCCUGUGGCCCCUCCUGUAGCUCCUCCCGGUGCCAACCCCAGCCUGGGUCCCGUUGGUGUGGCUGCCCGCCCUGUCGGUGGUCAAGCUGUCGUCUCUACUCCCCCUUCGCGGGAGGAAGACGAUAGCGAGGACGACGAGAACGAAGUCGAGGGCGAAUUUGAGGGUGACGAGCACGAAGAUGAGGAGGAAGACAAGCACCAAGAUGAGGGCAAAGCCACCGACGUCGACCAUGACCACGACGACGAAAAGGUCGACGAGGACGAAACCGCCGACACCGAGUAG